UUAGCACCGCACCAGGUUGUUUACAUCGGAAGCGAGACUGCGGUGGAAGAUACGCCGCCGGGAAAAUGUGUUUUGAAGCCGAGCAAACAUGUCUACUUGUCUUAUAGUGUAAUAUCUACGUUAUUUCAUCACGGGCUUUUGCAAAUCCACACGUAGCGUUGUAGUUUGAAUGCCCGGACACGUCACAUACUGGUCCCAGGAUGUUGGUCGGCUACAGCAGCAGCUCGGAGGAGGAAAGUGAGGCGGCGACUGAUCGAAACAAAAGUUUUUCUCGAAAGUGUCAAGAGGCAGAUGGUGGUCACAAUGACAACCCAGCGAGGAAGAAACCCAAAAUUGAGGAACAGGUUGCUAAAACAAGGCUGCCUCUCCCUGGUUUCCUGUCGGCCAUGUUUCCAGAUGAAGUGAGCUCACAGACUGAAGAAAGCUCUCUUCAUGGUGGACGCGUCCGCUCCUUCAAACACGAGAGAGGGAACUGGGCCACCUAUGUUUAUUUGCCGUAUCAUCCUGAGGAGGAGUUCAGGGAGCUGUUGGAGGAGCUCCUCUCCUUAGCCGGGGCCCACGGUGCUGUUUUGACCCCACAGGAGGAGUUCCACCUCAGCCUGUCUCAGACGGUGGUGCUCAGACACCACUGGAUCCAGCCCUUCAACCAGAGCCUCAGGGCAGGCCUGUUGCACUGCAAGGUUGCAAGGUUUUUGUGCUCGGCGGGGAGACUGAGGGUCUAUUCUAAUGCUGAGAGGACGAGGACGUUUCUGGGGAUGGAAGUGUGUACUGGGCAUGCUCAGUUGUUGGAGCUGGUCCAAGUAGUGGACAGAACAAUGAAGGAGUUUCGCCUGGAGACGUUCUAUAAGGAUCCAUCUUUCCACGUGAGUCUGGCCUGGUGUGUCGGAGACUUCACAGAACAGAUGGGGGAGUGCAUUCAGGAGAUGCAGAGUCUGAUUGAUGACCACGAAGAAGGGCAAUUUCUGCUGAGGUUGGACUGCGUGGAGCUGCGCUGCAGGACGGGAAACAAGACCUUCCACUUCCCUCUGGGGCCCGAAAAUUUGACACAUGUAAAACCAUGACCACACGACCUUUACAGCUGUGUGAAUGUCAAAUGGUUUACAGCACAAUAGAGCUGGAAACAAAGACAAUCAGGCCCAAUGGAAAUAAUAUUGGAAAAAUAUGAUGACUUGUAUUUUAAUACUGUAUAUAAAUAAAGUUGCAUCUGCUUUUUUACUCU